AUGCAGCUGCUACUGAUUGGCGGAGCCCGUGACUGGUGGAAGAGGGAGGCCAUCCCAGGAGAGGGGCAGAAGCGCGUCAAAGUUAAUGCGGGAGGCGGAGAGAGGGGCAUCGACUCAGCAAGCAGCCGAGGCGGCCCACCUUCUGCGCGCACGAAGGCGCCGGCGGGGGUCGCGGAAGGGGCGGCUCCUGGGCGCUGGCUACCCAUGGAGGCGCCCGAGCUGGGCCCGGGGCUGGUGGAGCGUCUGGAGCAGCUGGCGACGUGCCCGCUGUGCGGGGGCCCCUUCGAGGACCCAGUGCUCCUGGCGUGUGAGCACAGCUUCUGCCGCGCGUGGCUGCGGGAGAAGCUGGCCGAGCCGGGGGCGCGCACCGGGAGGCGGCGAGGGGGGCGCAUCCCCACCAUGGGCUGCCUGGACCCGCAGGAAGAGGAUCUAAGGAAGACCUGGAGAAGACUUGAUGCCCCAACUCCCAAGACAUCCAACACAGUAGACGAUCUCCCUGAAGAUUACCCAGUGGUCAAAAACAUGCUUCAUAGGCUGACAGCCGACCUGACCCUGGACCCUGGCACAGCGCACCGACAGCUGCUCAUCUCCCCGGACUGCCGCAGCGUCAGACUGGCACCCCCGGGCACCCCCGCACCCCCUGACGGCCCAGCGCGCUUCGACCAGCUGCCAGCGGUGCUGGGCGCACAGGGCUUCGGGGCCGGCCGCCACUGCUGGGAGGUGGAGACCGCGGAGGCCGCCUCCUGCGGAAACUCUUCAGGGGAAGAGGAGGACGAUGGCGAGAGCCGCUACGCUGUGGGCGCGGCCGGGGAGUCGGUGCAACGCAAGGGCCGCGUGGGUCUGUGCCCCGCGGGGGCCGUGUGGGCCGUGGAGGGCCGCGGGGGUCGCCUGUGGGCACUCACAGCACCUGAGCCCACGCCGCUGGGCAAUGCCGGGCCCCCACCGAGGCGCAUUCGCGUGGACUUGGACUGGGAAAGGGGUCGUGUGGCCUUCUACGACGGCCGCUCGCUGGACUUGCUGUUCGCCUUCCAGGCCCCGGGGCCCCUGGGGGAGCGCGUGUUCCCGCUGCUGUGCACACGCGACUCCCGUGCCCCACUCCGUAUAGUACCCGCGGAAGGUUGAGCCACUCAGCUGCCCCUCUUGUCCCCCACGGUCGCCAACCACCCCUCCCCACCACACACACCUAGUCCGGCCUGCAGCCAGGUUGCUUUCUCUUGGACACAGAAAGCCCACUCAUUCCAGGGGUCAUGUCCACAGGCCUAGGGCAGAAGUACCAAUA